AUGUCCAAAGCAUUUGAUUAUGUGAAAUCGCUCAGCUCAAGCAUCGUUGGGCUGGGCCUUCAAGGGUUUUCAAAUCUUGAUGAAAAGACACAUAUUGCGGAUGACAUGUACAUCAUCCAAUUCGUUAUCAAGAAGGCUAUAGGACAUGCUUAUUCCAUACUCACAGGCCAGGUAUCAUACUGGUAUAUAUUUGAAAAUGUUGUGAAGCAACAUCCAAACAAACUAGCAUUGGUUUACCCAAAACCUGUCCCGGGGCAAACUGGUGAUGGUGCCUUCCAGUUAGAAAGCUAUACUUUUCAAGAGUUGUACGAUAUCAUUUUGAGAUUAUCUGAAAUAUUGGCUCACAGAUAUGGUGUUAAAGAAGGUGAUACUAUUGGUCUUGAUGCUACAAAUAAACCUUUGUUCAUCUUUCUUUGGUUUGCCCUAUGGAAUCUAGGCGCUACACCAGCUUUCAUAAAUUACAACAAUAUAGGGAAUCCAUUAGUUCAUUGCAUAAAAGUGGCAAACAUUUCACAAGUCUUUAUUGAUCCUGCUGCUGCUAGUCCAAUAAAUGAAACAAAAGAUGAUAUAAUUAAAGAAUGUCCAGAUGUUGCUUUACAUUUCUUAGAUGAAGAUAAAUUAUUGGAUGAGAUUAAAGAUCCAAAUAGCAUUAAAUUUAGACCAGCCACUAGGAAUGCCAAUGAUCCUGAUUAUGCUACUGGUGCUCUUAUUUACACAUCAGGGACAACUGGUCUUCCAAAACCGGCUAUUAUGUCAUGGCGUAAAGCCUGUCUUGGUUCUGCACUUUAUGGACACAUUGUUAGAAUCAAGACAAACUCUGUUGUUUUCACUUCUAUGCCAUUAUACCAUUCUACUGCUUCAGUGUUGGGUGUCUGUACAACUUUCAAUCAAGGUGCAGCUGUUGCAUUGUCACCAAAGUUUUCAACCAGUACAAUUUGGACACAGAUUAAAUUGACGAAAGCUACACAUCUUCAGUAUGUUGGUGAAGUUUGUAGAUAUUUGUUGAAUGCACCAAUACAUCCAGAUGAAAGAUCUCAUUGUUUACAAGUUGCAUAUGGUAAUGGACUAAGAAGAGAUAUUUGGAAAGAAUUUAAGGAUAGAUUUGGCAUACAUGCGAUUGGUGAAUUUUAUGCAGCUACAGAAUCUCCAAUUGCUUUAACCUCGUUUCAAGAAGGUGAAUAUGGUAUCGGGGCUUGCAGAAAUUAUGGUAAAUUGAUCAACUAUAUUCUAUCUUAUCAACAAACGUUAAUAAGGAUGGAUCCUGAAGAUAAUAGUGUUGAAUAUAGAAAUUCAAAAGGGUUAUGUGAACUUACAAGAGUUGAUGAGCCUGGUGAACUAAUUAUGAAGCUAUUUUGGGCAAAAAGUCCCGAAAAAGUGUUUCAGGGCUACUUGGGUAAUAAAAAGGAAACUGAAUCUAAAAUCAUAAGAAAUGUGUUUAGAAAAGGUGACGCAUGGUUUAGAUCUGGUGACUUAUUAAAAAGUGAUGCCAAUGGGUUAUAUUAUUUUGUUGAUAGAUUAGGUGAUACAUUUAGAUGGAAAUCUGAAAAUGUCAGUGCUACUGAAGUUGAAAAUCAAUUCCUUCAACUACAUGAUAUACUUCAAAUUGUCGUCGUUGGUGUUAAAGUUCCAAACCAUGAAGGAAGAGCUGGAUUCGCAGUUGUAGAAUUGAAGGAAGGUGUUACCAAAACUGAAGAUGAAUUAUUAAGUGAAUUUUUAGAAGUUUUGCAAAAAGAGUUACCAAGAUAUGCUAUUCCUAUUUUCAUCAAAUUUGUUGAUAAAAUUCAAGAAUCUGAUAAUCAUAAGGUUCCAAAGAAAUUGUACAGAGAUCAGAAGUUACCAAAAGGUGAAAAUGGUGAUGAAACUAUUUAUUGGUUGAAAAGAGGAAAAUAUGAAAUACUUUCAGAGUCUGAUUGGAAGGAAAUCAUAUCGGGGAAGGCAAAACUAUAA